UGCGCGCACUGCCUCACGGACAGCAAUUCCAGCAGUUGCUGUUAUGUUGCCCCGAGUUGUCAGCACGUGCUGGCCCCUGGGCUUUCUGAACCGCUGCUCCUGUUUAACCAGCCGAGGGCCAGGCUGGGCCGCCGUCAGCAGCAGUGCCCGGUUCCGGAAACGAAACGACUUCGUGAAAGAUCUAGAAAAGGAGUUUGUCAAAUUUAGACAGAAAGCAAAGGAAGUACUCCCUGGCAGUGACUGGAGUCCAUUGCAUCCCCAGACUCCUGGACUGCCACCUGAGUGGGCUGACAUUGUCAUCGUGGGAGGAGGGGUAAUUGGCUGGUCCACUGCUUACUGGUUGAAGAAAAAAGAGGCAAUUCGGGAAGGGGUCCGAGUGGUGGUCAUAGAGAAAGACCCAACUUAUACCAAAGCCUCCACAGUCUUGUCUGUAGGAGGAAUUCGCCAGCAGUUCUCUCUGCCAGAAAAUAUCCACCUGUCCAUUGAAUCUGCUCACUUCCUUCGCAAUAUCCAGGAGCACUUAAAUGUGGUGAAUGAGGAUCCUGUGGAUAUCCAGUUCAAUCCCUCAGGCUAUCUAUUUCUGGCUGGACAGGAGCAGAGUGCAAUUUUGGAGGAAAACUAUCAAAUUCAGAGGGCUGAAGGAGCAGCAGUCACUCUGCUCACACCACAGCAGUUACAAAAGAAAUUCCCAUGGAUGAACACCGAUGGAGUCGCCAUAGCUUCGUUUGGUCUGGAGAAUGAAGGUUGGUUUGACCCCUGGCUGCUGCUGAAUGCUUUCCGAAAGAAGGCGAUAUCAAUGGGUGUGUUUCCAUGUUAUGGAGAAGUGAUAGGUUUUCAAUGUUCAACCAGAGAGAUGAAGACUGAUGAUGGCAGAGGUGUCUCACUGAAAAGAAUUCACCAUGUCAAUGUGCGGAUGCCAAAUAGCAUAGAGUACCAACCAGUGGAAUGUGCAAUCGUAGUCAAUGAGGCUGGAGCAUGGUCAGGAAAAGUGGCAGAGAUGGCUGGGAUUGGUAAUGGACCUGAAGGCACCUUGGAGGGCAUAAAACUCCCAGUAGAGCCCAGAAAAAGAUAUGUGUAUGUCUUCCACUGUCCAAAUGGUCCAGGGCUGGAAUGCCCGUUGAUUGUUGACCACAAGGGAGCUUAUUGCCGUCGAGAAGGCUUUGGAGGAAACUACUUGGGAGGACUUUCUCCAACUGAGGAGGACGAACCAGAUACCAGUGAUCUGGAGGUGGAUUAUGAAUACUUCCAAGACUCAGUUUGGCCCACACUAGCUCAGAGAGUGCCUGCUUUUGUGUCCUUGAAGUUGAAAAGUGCUUGGGCAGGUUACUACGAUUACAACACCUUCGAUCAGAAUGCGAUCAUCGGCACUCAUCCAUUGGUUACCAACAUGUAUUUUGCAACUGGCUUCAGUGGGCAUGGUCUACAGCACUCACCUGCUGUGGGCAGAUCUAUUGCUGAACUCAUUCUUGAUGGAAAAUUCAAAACACUUGACCUAAGUGCAUUUGACUUUAUCCGAUUCUUCAGAGGAACCAAAGUACUGGAAAAUAACAUAGUGUGAAAUCCUGCAAUCCUCUUGUGAUCAGAUAUCCUAGAAGAUAUCAAAAAAUUAGUUUUGAUUCACAGUUCGUCUCUACUUCACAAAAUGUAAUCAUGACAAAUCCUGGAUACUUUUGGACUGAAUUUUUAAAAGGAAUUUGAAUUUACUGCAAUUCAUUUCACAACUGAUCCUUGGCAGAUUGUGGACUAAAUGAUCGAGCUGUGUUCUUUGAUGAAUUAUUGCAGUGUGAUGACCUAGUAUCUGGUUUUUAAAAAAUCAAGACCUGUAGCAGCAUUUACAAUCAACAUUUCUAUUGCAGCACUUUUCCUAGGUAUUUAUUCUGCAAUGGUGCAACAAUUCAAAAUUUCAUUUAUCCCAAUGUACCACUCUUUCUCCUCUUAAAACUCUGAUUUCCCAAGCUAUAUUUGUAUCACCUUAACCUUCUUGAUUCAUUUCUGUGCAAUGGCUUUUCAGUGCCAUGCAUCCCAUGUCCCAUGACAAUAAACUUGGCUUCCGUGAAUUUAUAUUCUAAGAAGGAGAAAAAUUCA